ACGUAUGCGCAGUAUUUCUGCGACGUAUGUAUAGCAUGGAUUUGUCAUAAUAGUUCGUGGUAAAACUCAGAUGAAGUAAUAAUUUGUGUAUCAAAAUAAAAGUGGCAAAUAUUCUAUAGAAUUGAACAUGUUAUCAUAAACACGUUAUUUGUAUAAGAUUAGAAUUUCGAUAUAGUACUUAUACUAAUAUUUUUAAUAUGACAUGACAAUUUAAAUAAUCGUGACUGUUUUGUAUUCGUAAAUAAUCAUAGUUAUAAUUUAAAAAAGAAAUGGAUUUGGUAUAUGGUCACUAUAAUCAGAACGCUUCAGAAAAAAUUAAUAUAAAGGAAUAUUUUGAAAAAUAUUCCAGUAUUAUGAAGCCUUUUUAUCUUAGUUGUUUGGCUACAACAAAAGAUCAAUCUAUUCUUAAAAUAAUGAAAAAUGAUUUAGGAAAUGAGGAAAUGGAUUUGUUGUCAGAGUACUGCAGCGAAGAAAAUUUAACUGUACCUGGAGAGGUUCCUAGAAUGAAAGAAAAUCUACCAAUAAAAAACAAAGAUUUACGUAAAGUAUCUAUGAUUACAGAAGAUAUUAACUUAGAAACUAUACGGCAGUUGAAAAAGAGGAAAGAAUCGAAGGAUCAAUAUCUUUUUAAAUUUACUAGUGAACUAUUUAUUAAGCAUGGAAAGAUCAACAAACAUAAUGAAAACACAAUUGACCUUGCUGUACCGUAUGAAGAUAUUUUUAUUGAUAUUAGAAUAUAUGAACCUUUUAUGCAUUCAUCAAAUCAAAUGAAAAGUAAUUACAAAAAGACAAAACCUACCCUGAAAUAUGUGAUAACAAUAUUAGGAAAACAGACGCUUGCUGAAUUGCGUGAUAAAAUAAAAUGCUUAUCAGAUUUAACAAUUCCAAUAGAAACCAGUGAUAAUCCUAAUCAACCGUUUCAACCAAUGGCAAAAGAUGUGUACAAGUCAGGCUUCUUUUAUAUAGAAGAUACAUUUUACAAUGACUUUAGAGAUCCAGCAAAUAUAGAUUAUAGUAAAGUAAUAAUAGAAUGGGCAAAGGCAAAACAAUUAGGACCAUUUAAUACUGAUUCUAUGGAAAAAGUUACAUUAGAUUCCCUUUCUGUAAGAUUUGGCUAUCCAUGGGUAUACCAGCAUCAAGGUUUCUGCGAACAUCUCAUUAUAUUCAGUGAUGCAAGACUGGUACAACCUUAUGACGAAUUACAUAUAUCUGCAUAUCCAAGAAUACAAAGGAUUAGACCCCAAAGAGCUAAUUACUGUUUUAUGUGCGGACUUCUGCCUGUUCGAUGGAUUACAACAGAUCAUGAUAGAGUACCUCAUAAUCCUUGCUUUUUUUGUGAAAGUUGUUUCAAAUCAUACAAUUACAUUGAUGGUAAAAAGAUUGGAAAUUUUAAAGCAUACCGCUAUCCCUGUGAUUCUAAUCUUAUGAGAGAAGAAGAAGAAGAAGAGGAAGAAGAAGAAGAAAACGAAAAAAAAGAUAUUACGUAAAUAUUAAUGUAAUUCUAACCAUUUCAAAUAUAAAUAUAUUAAAAACAAUGUAUAAAAAAUGUACAAAAAUAAAAUUAUUUUACUGAUCGUUUUAAUGAUCGCAAUUUUUUUAAAUUUUCUUUUGCACUGUGCGAAUGUGGGUUGAAUUCCAAUGCUUUUUUAUACAUAUAUUCUGCUUCACUGAUUUUAUUCCAACGAUGAUACAAUACACCUACAAAAAUAGAUAAUGUAGUAGCUUGUGUGGAUAUUAAUACAUAAUAUGUUCUAUGUACAACAAUAUCAUUUAUUAUUAAAUAUAUACAAGGCGGAAAAAACGUACCUAAAUUUGUAUAGAACAUAGGAUCUGUUGGAUUCCUUAAUAUUGCUUGUUUAAAAUGUAUCUCUGCUUCUGAAAAUCUACCUACUUUACCUAAUAUAUUAGCAAUGUUAAAAUAUAUUGAUGCAUAAUCAGGAACGUAUUUUAAAGCUUCAUUUGCAAUUUUCAGUGCUUCUUCUGACAUACCUACGAAUACAAUAUAAAUCAUCAAAUUAAUUAUAAUCUUUUUAUUAACUAUACAAAAAAAUUUAAUUCACAUACCUAGAUCAUCUAACAGUAUUAUCAUAUUUGUCCAUGCUCUUCUAUGAGUUACUUUUAAUUUUGUUGCAUUUGUCCAAGCUGUCAAUGCUUUGUGAUAUUGUUUUUGUUCUAAAUACUACAAUAACAAAUAUUAGAAGUACUUACUGAACUUUUAAUAGUAAUUUGUUAAUUAAAAUUAACCAAUAUGUUUAUAUAUGUGUAAAUAUAAUUUCUUAAAAAAUGAUGUUAUUUUCUUUACCAAAACACCUAAAUUAUAAUAACAAUCAGGAUACUUGGGUUUUUGAGACAGUGCAGUUAAAUAACUCUUUUCAGAUUCUUCAUAUCUUUUAAGUGCAGAUAAAAUU